UCCUAGAAAGUGAUUUAUUAUUACUAGUAUACAGAGUGAAUUUUAUGUAUAGAUUUUUAUAAAUUUUUGGCCUGUAGUAUGGUGGUAUUUACAUUGUUGUCAGAUCUUUCCCUUUUCCGGAAAAAUAGUGAACUGAAUACAUUGAAAUAACAAAUUUGAUAAUUUUUCUGGAAAAAGAAAUGAUCUGACAACAAUGUAGAUACUACCAUAAUACCGGCCGUAUCACAAGACCCUCAAUUUAUAAAACUCACUCUGUAUAACAGAAACAAAUCAGCUUGAAAGCAAUGACUUGUCUGAUGAUAAUAUAUAAUAAUAAUUUUAUUAUAAUAAAAUUGGAUUUAACUCAUUGCAUUCAACAACUCUAGGUUUUCUCUUUUUGGAAUUGUUUAAUCUGAUAAAAGUAAUUGCCAUGAAACAAAAAUUAAACUCGACAAUUGAUCGAUAUAAGUAAACAUCAAUAACAUUUUCCGCAUACAAAUACGAUUAUAUCAGGACGAAAUGUUCAUCCCUUCUAUUGCCACCAGAAAAGGUAAGAAAAUAAUGGAAAGGAUAUUGAAAAACCUUUGUUAAACAAAAUGAAGAUACCUAUUCGUUUGCUUGUAAGUCUUUUGUAAAUUUUUGUGUUUCUUUCUAUGAAAGACAUUACAGAUUCAAAAUUGAACCCUUCAUAAUAUGAGCAGUGGUGGAGGGAAAUACUUCAUGUAACAUGGUCGUGGUGGAAUCAGAUUGUCUUCUUAAGGAGUUGUUGUUUGUGCCAAAUCAUGUCAAACAUAUGAAGGAAAAACUCUCAUGUUGCUGCGAUGUUCUUCAAAUUGAUGAAACAAAAACGUCAUUAGAAAUAAUCGAUCAUCAAGUUUUUGAUGAAUGGACAAAUGGAGUGUGAAGUCAGCCGUGCAAUGAUGGGAGAACCCAUGAAAAUUGGGCACAAAUAUGUCCACCCACAUGAAUGGUACAAACUUUUAAAAUUUUUCAAAUUUGUACAAAAAUUAUUGGUAUUAGGAAAAGAGAUUCUUCUGGAAACCCCUACAAAUAGGAUGAUGCUUCGCUAUAAAGAUAAAAUACUUUUAAAAAAGGAGUCUAGAUGCAAAGGAUGAUUCUGAAAAAAUUUCCCCAUGGAUAUUCUAUUCACAAAUUCCCAGAAAAACGAUCUAAUACAAUUAACGUAACGACCCAGAAGUUGUUGAUUUGCAGAUGAUUAAAUCAAAGUUUCUGAAAUUUUAUGGGAUACAUAUUUUGCGAAGUGGAUUCACUAUUUUUCGUCAAUUUCUUGUUUAAAUUGAAUUUUGAUCUAUGCUUUGGUAAGGGCAUAAUAUUAUAAGUCACUUUUCACUGAGGUCAAAUUACGUUAUAUUUUUAUAUAAUAUGAAAACCUGGAAAACAAUAACAAUUAACAGCAUAUAGAGGAUUUAUCAGCAAAGAAGAUUCAAAUUGCAAACAAAUCGGCAGGAAUAUAUUGAAGUUUUUCUUGGUUUGCCAGUUUUUGACCGUCAUUUGACUUCUCAUCGUUGAUAUGGUAGAUGUAUAAUGGAGGUUAUUAUUCACGAGGGGAAGUUUACUGCAUGAAUCACUGAGUGAAUAAUAACUCAUUAUACGCGAGUAGAACACUAUACUUCAUCCAUGAUAACAAAAUAUUUUUGUUGGAAAAUUUUGUUACAUUUUUAAAAUACCAUUAUUUUAUUGUAACAAAAAUUUUAUACAAUAUAUUAUUGUUCAUUUGAACAUAUCAAUACAAAAAUCUAGCUAUCAAAUAACGUUUUUAAUAUAAAAAUUAGUUCACAUUCAAUUGUUAGACCCAUAUAGAAACAAAAGCGGACAACAACAAAACUAAAAACAUCGUUCGAAAAACAGAAAUGAAAAUACUCAGAAACAGAAAGAGAAACACAGACAAAAGACACGAUCUAAUGUGGAGGACAUAGUCAGAUGGGGACGUAAAAAGAGCCUGGAACGAAAACGUUGAAAGGAUGACCAGAGAAAGAUUAGCAAAUAUCGUACGAGACGGUAAACCAGGACACGACGACCUGUAGGAAGACCUCCAAAAAGAUGGAUGGAUUCAUCAACAUCUCAUGGUCAAAGAUGACAAGUUACUACAGGCCUAAGGCCUACAAUAAGUUAAAGAAGAAGAAGAAGAAGUCCUGGAACAUAUUCACAAAAAAUAUAUAUGAUAAAUCAUAAUAUAAUAUAUUAUAAAUUAUAACAUAACAUAAAAUUUUGAAUAUUUAUCAUGUGGAUGCCUUAACGAUCCAAUAGCUCUAGAAAACUGUUCGGUGAUAAGUUUUCUUCUCAGCAUCACGUACUUUGAAGAGAAUGUUGAUCUUUACUGUUGUAUUAAAACCUAGUCGCACUUGGACCAAAAAAUUAAACACCAAUAUAUACUCUGAGCUUUCGAAUACUUAUGUAAUCAUUAUCGGAGAAUUAAUUAAUUGAGAAUUAUGGCGUAUUGAAGUUUAUUCUCUUUUAAAAAAAUCAUCAAAUUCAUAACAAUCCAAACAUCUUCCCUUUCACUUUUUCUCCUUAAAGCUGCAGACAUUUGUAUACAUUUUCCUACCAUAUUACAAAGGUCACAAGUUCAUCCAUAAAAGCACUUUCGUGGCAUAAAAAAUUCACUCUUUCAUUUUACAAUUUCUACCUCCAAAUAUCGCAUUACUGUUUUUGAUGUUUCGAAAAGUAAGAGAGAGAGAGAACUUUAUUUUCAAAAAAUUGUUACAAUUUGAAGCUUGUAAAAACUAAAAAACAAACAAAAAAAUAACUAAAUAGAGACAAAUAAAAUAAAAUUUCACUUUACAGAAUGAAACCACAAUGAGUAACAAAAUUAUAGGUAAUAGUGCAGCAUGUCUGGAAUUGAAUAUUAUUAGAAUGAAAGUUGUUUACAGAGUAGAAGGUACUUUCCAGUAAAUAUGCCCAGUAACCAAUAACACAUUGGCUGUAGCGGGCCAGAUUGGUGGCACUGCCGGGCCAGAUCUGGCUCGUUGGACGUAGUUUGGAAAUUCCUGCCUUAAACGAAUACAAAUAAGGUUUAUUUAACGUUGAGAUUAUGAAAAAACAUUCUCAUACUAUUGACUAGUUGAAAUGUUAUACCUCUAGUUAUUAAAGUAAGUUUAAAACAGAAAAGUUCUGGCACCACCUUCAUGAGCUCGCACUGGAGAAUAUCCUCAAUAAACAGUAUGGGACUUAGAAUUAAUUCAAAUUUGAAUACUUUUUUCUCACUAUGUAUUAGUGCAGUGAUAAUGUUAAAAAGAAUAUGAUGUCAUAGGUAAUUGUGUUAAAUUUUAAUAACUAUUUAUGUAUGAACCAUAGAGCUGGAGCUUGGAAGCUAGCUGGAGUGGGCAUCAACUGCUGAAGAAUGAAGAUUAGAAAUUUGUGGUUCUAAUGUUCUUAAUGUUCAAACUAUUUCUAUUAAAAUAAAAUAUAGAACAUCAAACAAUAGAUAGUCUACUAUAAGUUAUGGAAUCCUUGUAUAAAUUGUGACAAGUACGUUGGUCAGUCGAAAACAUUAAUCGGAUGAACUCUCCCAAAAUGAUGGUAAAUAAUAUCCCGCCUGGUGUUCCUCUUCCACACAAGUUCUUUAUGAAGGAAAUUCUAUGAAUUAUGAAUCUGUCAGAGUUUUGACAAAAGAGAAUAAUCACAAAAAAGUCUAUCUAUAGAAACGACAUAUAUUGCCAAAAUGAUUCAUAUUUUGUUGCUAAAACUGAUUUGAAUGUAAUCUAUGUAACUAAAUAACUUCGCCUAAGCUAUGAAAUCAACUCUAUUCAUAACGACCUAACCUAUAAAAAUUUAUUGUCACUCAUUAUCGAACCAAUAAAUUUUCAGCUCAAUUCAUAAAUUCGAUCUCUAAUUUAUUCAGUGUGUGUGUUUCUUAUCACAUUUUUUAUUAUUUGUUACUACUAAAAGCAAUCAUGUCUCAUGCAUAUGUUCGAGUUCAAAGUUGGCGCGCAAUGAAUAGAGAAAAAAAACUAACUCAAUUGUGAACGGGCAAAGCUUAAAUAAUUUAAGUGAGAACAUCAGUUCCGUGAGUGAGGUUAACGAUAGUGGUACAGACUUGUGCAAUCUACGAACGUUUAAUAAUCAUAAUUUGGAUAAUGAUAAUAAUAUUAUUAUCAUAUUGUUAAAUACAUGAAUAUGAUCGUAACGAACAGCUAUUUAUCCGAUUUCAUCAUACUAAUAAUUACUCUAGUAGCCACUUCAAUUGUUUAUAUUAAAUAUAAAUACAAUUAUUGGAAAAACAGAGGAAUAGUUCAAUUGACGCCAACUUUUCCAUUUGGAAAUUAUACGAAAGCACUACCUAGAGGAAUAUCAUUAGGUGCUAUUACCAAGAGAUACUACGAUGAAUUUAAAAAAAUGGGAUGUAAGUUUGGAGGAGUAUAUAUAGGUUUAGAUCCAUAUUUAGUGAUUGUUGAUCCGUCCUACGCUAAAGAUGUUUUAACAGAAGAUUUUCAAUAUUUCGUGGAUCGAGGACUAUAUAUUAGUAAAAAAGAUCCACUAUCUGUGCACAUUUUAUCUCAAAGAGGAGAAGAAUGGAAAACUUCUAGAAACAAAUUUUCCGUAAUGUUUACUUCAGCAAAAAUGAAGCAGUUCUUUCAAACGAUGUCUAAAUGCAGUCAGGAUUUAAGAAACACUCUGGAUCCGUACGGUGACGGAGAGAAAGACUUAGAUAUAUUUGAAACAUUUGCUUGUUAUGCAACAGAUGUGAUUGGAUCGGUUGUUUUUGGAGUUGAAGCAAACAGCUUUAAAAGAUCUGACGCAAUUUUCAGGCAACUGGGAAGGAAGAUUUUCACUAAUUUCACCAUAUUAGAUCAAGUGCGUCUCUUUUUAACAAUUUGUUACCCAGAUUUUUCAGCUAAAAUGGGUGUAUCGAACAUACAACCUUACAUUCAAGAUUUUUACUUGAAAUUCAUGAAAGAAGCUCUAGACUACAGAGAAAAAAAUAAUAUUAUAAGACAAGACUUCAUACAGCUUCUGAUUGAGAUGAAACGAUCUGGGAUUGAGCUUACCUUAGAAGAAAUGACAUCACAGGCAUUAUUAUUUUUCGUUGGUGGAUUCGAAACUUCAUCUGGAUCCGCAACUUUAAUAUUAUUCGAACUAGGUUUGCAUCAAGAUGUGCAAGAUAAAGUUAGAGAAGAAAUAAAUCAGGUGUUAAAAAGACAUGACGGGAUACUUACUUACGAAGCAAUCAGUGAAUUGACUUAUCUACGUCAAAUAUUCGAUGAAUCUGCAAGAAAAUACCCUCAAAUAACAAAUAUGACUAGGAUAUGUGUUAAGGACUAUACAUUCAAAAACACUGAUAUCACCAUUCAUAAAGGCACAUAUGUACUAUUGCCAGUUCUUGGAUAUCAUUGGGAUGAGGAUUAUUAUCCGGAUCCGUCGAAAUGGGACCCUGAUAGAUUUGCCGAUAAAAAUGAAAAGCAUGUAGGAUAUUAUCCCUUUGGAGAUGGACCCAGAAUUUGUAUUGGUGCUCGAUUUGGUUUGAUGCAGGUCAUCUUGGGAGUGGUAGCUGUAUUGAAAGAUUUCAAAGUAUAUGCCAGUCCUAAUACCAAAUUACCCCUGGAGUUUGAUGAACUAACUUUCGUUACUAAAAUGAGACAAACCAUAUUUCUGAGGUUGAAAAAGAUAAAAUGAUAAACAAUGAUGUUCACAAAACGUUUUUUUUUUUUUUAUGAAGAAAGACAAUAAUUAGACAUAUAUUUGUAAAAAAGGCAUUUUGAUUUAUAAGUAGAUGAAUUUCAAUGAUAAA